CAUUUUAAGUACAUGGGGUCUCCAAACAUGGCCGCCCCCGUGGACCAGGAGCUGAAGAAGGCUUUUGCUGAUUUACAGACCAAAGUGCUUUAUACACAACAGAAGGUGAAACUUGCAGAUUUGCAGAUUGAACAAUUAAAUAGAACCAUAAAACACGCAAAUUUAACAGAUGGAGAAAUAGCUGCACUGCCAGGAGAAGCACGCAUGUAUGAAGGUGUUGGUAGAAUGUUUAUCCUGCAACCAAAAGUCAUAAUUCAUAAUCAGCUCCUUGAGAAACAAAAAAUAGCAGAAGAAAAGAUCAAGGAACUUGAGAUGAUCCUCUAGAAUAAACUGUUUUGAUCAUCUGCCCAAAUGUCAUCUUUUGUGGCUGUAUCAAAUUUUCCAUUUGAUAAUAUUUCUGUGAAGUGCCUUGGGGUGUAUUUGCAAUAUUGAAUGUGUUGUAUAAAGUUGUUUUGAAAAAAAUAUUCAAAGAAAAUAUUUUUUCACAAAUUCUGGUCAAUAUUUAUCCCUCAACUAAUGUAAUUAAUCUUCAAUUUUUAACACUCAAGAAUUUUUAACACUCGAGAAUUUGGCAUGAUUUGUGUUUACUACAGUAUAUUAAGGUUAUCUUUUCCCUUUUGAACCACAAACCCUCUUUCAGCUGUUUUUUUGAUUUGCUUUCAACAUUUAAGCCAUUGUCUCUUCUCACAUCUCGUAUAACUAAUCUUUGAUGUCAGUUUCAUAGUCAUUCUCCAUAUUUUCUUUGAAGUCGUAAUUUACCCAGUGUUGUGCAGUGAUGAGGAAUGCCACAAUAGAUUAUUAAUGGGGGACUUGAGCUAUCCAGAUAUAGACAGCGAGCAGGAACAUAAAUGGCAAAGAGGAGGUGGCGGAGAAGUUUAUUGUCAGAAUAACUUUUUUAAACAAUGAACUUCUGGCCAAAUGUCAAGGAUGGCAAUAUUAGUAGCUAUGGGAAAUGCCAGCUGGAACAAGUAUUAACAGGGGAAUAUCUUGGAAGCAGAGCUGUAUGUCAAAAAGUUUAGAAGAGCUAUCGGAAAGGAUAGGGAACACUCAAGGAUAAAAAUAAUGCCUAAACAUAUAUUUAUUCAGGAAGUAUCAAUGUUAAUGGGAUGAAAACUUAACUCGCCUUGUAAGCAACGGGAAACUUCAAACUUCAGCUAUUUCAGUUGUAACCUUGGGCAUGUUACACAAUUACAGCUGGAGAUCCUGAGAUGCUCAAGAUAGCAGAGAAUAAAACCAAACAGGGAAAAAAAGCACGACUGGUGCCAUGUUGAUGAUGUGUGAAGUCAAUGUGAUGAUAAAUGCAGAGGGGAACAAAAAUAAGAAAGUCAAAGAAAAAUAAUAGCAAACAUGAAAGGGUGUACAAAAGUAUAUCCAAAAAUAUUCUAUAGAGAUCGGAAAAAGAAAA